ACUGAACUCUUGCGUUCAUUUUGGCAAAUUUCUUUAAAAUUUCAGAGGAGACACAUCAGAGAAUUUACUGUGAAAGGUGGAAAUUUUAAUCAUGAAAGGGUUAAUUUAUUUAUUCGUCCUUAUUGGUGUUGUGUGCGCAAUUCCAGUUAUUCAGGAGAGUCCAAAGGAGACAUCCGUGAAGCUUUCGCCGGUUGAAGAUUCAGAGGAUAAUGCCGGUGAGGAGGGAGUUGACUUAAAGCCAGCUGAGAAUUUCUUCAUUGGAUACGGCGGUGGUUACAAUCCCUGGGGCUAUGGAGGCUACGGGGGCUAUGGUGGUUACGGAGGAUACGGCGGCUAUGGACACAGACGCCAUGGUUGGGGUGGCUAUGGGAGCUUCUCAAGAUCCAGCUUUUCCAGCGAGUAUUGGGGAUAAACUCAUGUUAAGCAAAUAAAUAAAAUCACGUUUUUUUUUCACAAAAA